AUGUCUUUGUCUACCACAUCCCUAAUCACCUAUUUAGGGAACAGUACGGAAGAGGAAGCCAUAUUCCAGAAUGGCCAGGCUCGGGAGGCCGACUAUCCCAACACCGCGACCAAACUUGAUGGCGACUGGCAACACUACCCUCCUAGUUCUCCCGAGAUCUCGUACAAAGGUCGCUGGGAUAGUCAGUACAUCUCGUGGUGGUCUGCUCCAGGCCUGAAAUUUGGCUUCGAGGCCGACAACGUAGCUUGCACCUUCGGGGGUCACACGUCUGCAGGAGUUCUUGUUGCGUAUCGAUUGGACGGCCAGGACUGGAUGUUGACUAAUGUCACUGCCAACUCAACGCACCUCUUGAUAAUGCCACGAACACCUGGGUGGAACUUGACCACGUCCAGCACACGAACCUUGGAAUUGCACGUGACCAAUUGGGCCCUCGGCGUCCAGCUUGCUCAAGUCCAUCUUUCAGGAGGCCCAGCACGGCUCGUCCGCAUUCCUGACUACAGUCGUCGGAUGCAAUUCAUCGGCGAUUCACUCACCGCUGGCUAUGCGGCUACGUUCGAGGGCAUCAGCACGUACGCCUGGGGCCUUGGAUAUGGCUUUGGCGACACCGAGUUCAGUAUCACGGCCUUUCCUGGCAUUUGCGUCACGGAUCGGCCAUGCCAUGGUAACAGCCGUGGGCAGUCGUUCCAGUGGAGUAAGACGGUUGAUACCAGUCAACGUGCUAUAGACAUGUACGGCGAUAGCCCACCGGACUGGGAUUUCGGCCUUCGCCCACCUCCAGAUAUUACCGUCAUCAACAUUGGCACCAACGAUAACGCAACCGACAUCAAUGUCUCGUCUGAUCAGUUCUACAACGCUUACGUCAGCCUCAUUCAACAGGUCCAUACGACAUGGCCCAAAUCCCAUAUCAUAGUACAGUCACUGUGGAAGGGCUGGGCCCGCACUAACAGCACGUGGACGGAGCAGAGCGGCUUCUACUACGAGAUCCAAGAUGUUGUGAAGCAUUUCAACGGCGGCAGGCUUAACAAGAAAGGGGGUGAAGGGUUCGUCUACUACUUUAACACCACGGGCAUUAUGCAACACAACGACUACAGUCCCGCGAACCAUCCAACAGACGUUGGACACGUCAAGGUCGCGAGCCACCUGAUGGAGUAUAUUGCUUGUUUUUGA